AUGGAAAAUAACGAGCAAUAUGAUUAUAUUGUCUACGGAACAGGUCUUACAGAGUCUAUUCUUGUCUGUGCAUGCUCAGUAAAAAAUACAGUACUUAAUGUAGAUAUUAAUCCAUAUUAUGGAAAAGAUUACGGAAGUUUAAGAUGGGAUGAGCUAAAAAAGUGGGCAAAAGAACUUAAAUCAAAUACAGUUUAUUAUGAUUCAGAAUUGAUAAUCAAUAAUGAAGAAGCUAUGGAAAAGCCGAAGAUGUAUUAUUUUAGUCUUACGCCAUCUCUCAUUUAUUGUAAAUCGAAAAUAAUUGAUUUAAUUAUAUCUUUUAAUCUUCAAUUAUAUCUUCACUUUAAAUCUUUUGAAUCAUCUUUAAUAUAUGAUGAAUUAUAUGAAAACGGAUUUUCUGAGAUUCUGUAUACCAAAGAAAUGUUAGCAUUCAAUAAAAACGUAGAUUUUAUAUGGAAACGUAGGGUGAUGCGUUUUAUUGAAUUUAUAUAUGAUAUUACAUCUGAGAAAAGUCAGGAAAUAUUGAAGGGUCAUGAUGAUGAUCUUUUUGUUGAUUUUAUUUCGUCAGAACCAUUUUCAUUGCCUACUUUAUAUACAAACAUGUUUGUAUAUGGUAUUGCGCUUUCUUAUCUACCUAAUAUCACAGUUAAAGAAGCGCUUCCAAAGAUAAGACAGUUUUUCUUGUCUUUAGGGGUUUUUAUAAAGUUUGCAAUAUUGAAUUGUUCAUUUGGCGGAGGAAGUGAGUUGAUUCAAGCAUUAUCAAGAAAUGCAGCAUUGAAAGGCGCCACGUUUGUUUUGAAAAAACGAAUUACAUCUUAUAAUAUUGAUGAUAAAGAAGAAUAUCCAGUUACUGUUACUUUUGAUGACAACCAAAAAAUCAAAUGUAAAAAACUUAUUACAUCAUAUCAGAUAGGAAAUUACCAACCAAAUACUAUAAUAUUGGACGAGAUUCCACUUUUACGUUCAAUUUGCCUUGUCAAAGGUGAUCUGUCUCGAAUUCUUAAAAAAAAUACUAGCAUAAUAUGUUCAUUUCCUCCUCAUUCAUUAAAAUCAAAUGAAUAUCCUGUACAAGUCAUAAUUGAUGGUAGCGCAACUGGUAAUUGUCCUAAUGGACAAUAUAUUAUAUACGCAUCAACUUUAACUGCUACUAAAGAAAAAAUAUCAAUUUUAUCUGCUAUUCAGGCAAUUUUACGUGUCGCUUCUAUUAAUACCAGCACAAGUCCAGAAAUUAUUUUUACUCUUACUUAUUUUCAACAUCCUAUUAGAACUGAACCUCUUUAUUCUCAACAUCUUAUACCUGUACAAGGUAUUUCUUUCAAUAUUGAUUUUAAUCAAGAUAUCAAUCAUGCUUCUGAUAUUUAUCGCUUUUUAUUCAAUCAGGAUUUGUCAUUCAGCUAA